AUGGUCCGUGUCGCAGCCCUGAUCACUUUUCUGGCCUGUGUGGUGCUGUCAGAGGCCCAACAUGAGCCAGGCUACUGUGCUUUCUAUGAGGAGUGUGGUAGAAACCCGUCACUAGGAAACACCCUCAUUCCUCCUAUCGUCCCGUGUCUCGAUUACAGCCAAGCCCGAGCCAUCUCUGGAGAACACUACAAAAAAUUUAAACAGGUGUGUCCUAUGUUGGACAAGGGAGAGGGCAAUACAUUCUCCUGUUGCUCCAUCAAACAGCUGAAUUCCCUGGAGACGAGUCUGACCCUGUCCAAAGCGGUGCUGAACCGAUGCCCCUCCUGCGCCGACAACUUUGCCCACCUGCACUGCAUCACCACCUGUAGCCCCAACCAGAGCCAAACAGUGAAAGUCACAAAGGUCAUGAACGUCACUCAGCUUGGGAUUACGAAGGAGGCUGUGGUGGCUUAUGAGGCAUAUCUCACCACCAACUUCGCAGACACCUCCUUCCAGUCUUGCAAAAAUGUCCGGAUCCCAGCCACAGGAGGCUACGCGAUCGCCACUAUGUGUGGUCGGUAUGGCGCAAAGCUUUGCACCCCCCAGCGCUGGUAUGAUUUCCAGGGGGACUCCAGUAACGGCCUGGCUCCCCUGGACAUCGACUUCAAACUGCUGAAUGAGGGAGACACUACAGGAGUCCCAGAGGGUGUGAUUCCCUACAAUGGACGUGCUCUGAAGUGUAACGAGACCACGGCAUCAGGGGGGGAGGCCUGCUCCUGCCAGGACUGCGAAGAGUCGUGCCCGAGUGUCCCACCUCCUGCACCGACACCUCCCCCCCUCAAAGUGUUGGGGAUGGAUGGUUUACUCUUCAUCUGUAUUAUCCUGUUCAGUCUCCUGGUAGUUGCCUUCGCGGUUUACGUCUAUAUCUCUUUCUCGGUGAAGCUUCAAAAAGCAAAUGAUGAAGAGAAGGGAAAGAGAAAGAGGAAAGGCAAAGACCAGAACAGUAAUGAAGUUCCUCAGCAGACCAUUCAUCCAUCAGACGUGACGUGUGCAGACAAGAACAGCUUGGCUGCUCAAGCUUUCCUGAGCUCACUGUUUCGGGCGUGGGGAACUAUCAUGGCCACUUAUCCCCUCUUGGUGCUCCUGGCGUCUGCUGUAGUCGUGGCUGUUUUAUCUGCUGGCCUCAAGUCUCUUGAGCUCACCACUGACCCGGUUGAGCUGUGGUCUGCUCCCAACAGCCAGGCCCGCCAGGAGAAAAACUUCCAUGAUGCACACUUUGGCCCCUUCUUCCGGACAAACCAGCUGAUCUUGACAGCCCCGGGUAGAAAAGGAGGGAUUUAUAACUCAUUGGUGUUUGGACCGCAGAACUUUAGUGGGCUUGUAUCCAAAGAACUUGUCAUUGAGCUGCUGGAGCUCCAAGAAAAAAUACAGCAAAUUGAGUUCUGGUCAGAAGAUCUGAACCGUAGCGCAAGUCUGAAGGAUGUGUGUUACGCACCGCUGAACCCAUCCAACCCCUCCCUGACUGACUGUGCUGUCAACAGCUUGGCACAGUAUUUCCAGAACAGCCUGGACAACAUCAACGCUAAGGUGAACAUGACUUAUCAGGGAGCGACCAGAGAGGUGGACUGGAGAGACCAUCUAGUCUACUGCCUCAAUUCGCCAUUGUCCUUCAAAGACAUCACUGAUUUAGGUAUGAGCUGCAUGGCCGACUACGGAGCUCCAGUCUUCUCAUUUCUGGCAGUGGGAGGCUAUUCGAAUGAUGACUUCACCAAUGCAGAGGCUUUCAUCAUGACCUUCUCCCUCAACAACUACCCUCGCAGUGACCCCAAGUUUAAAGUGGCUAUGCAGUGGGAGACCGAGUUUCUAAAGAUUGUCCAGGACUACCAGAAAAACCCUGCAGCCAACUUCACUUUUGCAUACAUGGCAGAGAGAUCUCUAGAGGAUGAGAUUAAUCGAACGACAGCAGAAGACAUCCCCAUCUUCAUGAUCAGCUAUGCCGUGAUCUUUGUUUACAUCGCUGUGGCACUUGGGGAGUACUCUUCAUGGAAACGCAUACUGGUGGACUCCAAGUUUCUGGUGGGUUUGGGUGGAAUCCUGGUGGUCGGCUGUUCGGUCCUGGCCUCUAUGGGUUUCUACUCGUGGAUCGGCAUCCCCUCCUCGCUGGUCAUUCUGCAGGUCGUGCCCUUCCUGGUGCUCGCUGUCGGUGCUGACAAUAUCUUCAUCUUUGUUCUGGAGUACCAGAGAGAUGUACGGAGGCCUGGAGAGAAGCGAGAGGAGCAAAUUGGUCGUGUCCUCGGAAACGUGGCCCCCAGCAUGCUCCUGUGCAGUCUGUCUGAGUCUGUCUGCUUCUUUCUAGGGGCCCUGUCCACCAUGCCAGCAGUGAAGUCCUUUGCUCUGUAUGCUGCUAUGGCUGUGCUCAUGGACUUUGUCCUCCAGAUGACAGCCUUUGUGGCGCUGCUGUCUCUGGAUGCCCGUCGCCAGGACAGCAACCGCUGUGAACUGAUCUGUUGUGUUAAAGUAGACAAAGAGCAUUCCAACGAGCCGAACGAGGGCUUUCUGCUGCCCUUCAUGAGGAAAUACUACGCCCCUGUCCUACUGCACAGCUUCACCAGAUUCAUAGUGAUGCUGGUUUUCAUAUUCAUGUUCUGCGCCUGCUUAUUCCUCAUGCUGAAAGUGACAGUGGGUCUGGAUCAGGAGCUGGCUAUGCCUAAGGGCUCUUACAUGCUGGACUAUUUCAGCUACCUGUACAAAUACUUUGAAGUCGGAGCCCCUGUUUAUUUUGUAACAAAAAAAGGCUUUAACUUCACCACUGUGGAGGGCAUGAAUGCUGUAUGUUCCAGUGUGGGCUGUGAUCAGUUCUCACUGACCCAGAAGAUCCAGUACGCUGCCGACUACCCUGAACGAUCCUACGUGGGUAUUCCUGCUAACUCAUGGGUGGAUGAUUACAUUGACUGGUUGAAUCCUGGAUCCAAAUGUUGCCGUCUGUACACUCUCGGUCCAAAUUCUGGAAACUUCUGUCCUGCAAACAUAUCUGCUUUUCUCUGUGGACGCAAGUGUAUGACCACUCCUCUGGAUGGCGUCCUCAGGCCCACCGUGGAACAAUUCAACCGCUUCCUGCCAGACUUUCUGAGUAACCGUCCUGACCUGCAGUGCCCCAAAGGUGGUUUAGGAGCCUACGACACGGCCGUGGUGAAAGAUGAGAAUGGAGAAAUAAUAGCCUCCAGGUUUAUGGCUUACCACACACCUCUUACUAACUCUCAGGAGUUCACGGCUGCCUUGCAAAUGGCCAGAGAGCUGGCAGCCAACAUCACAGAGGGCAUGAAGCAAAUACCAGGCACCUCACCUGACUUUGAAGUGUUUCCUUACACGGUUACCAAUGUGUUCUAUGAGCAGUACCUGACUAUUGUGCCGGAGGGACUCUUCAACAUCUCGUUGUGUCUGCUGCCGACCUUCGUGGUGUGCUGCCUGCUGCUAGGUUUGGAUCUGCGUUCCGGCCUCCUCAACUUGCUCACCAUAGUCAUGAUCAUCGUGGACACCGUUGGCGUCAUGACCCUGUGGGGCAUUGAUUACAACGCUGUGGCCCUCAUCAAUCUGGUCACGGCGGUGGGCAUCUCUGUGGAGUUUGUGUCCCAUAUGACAAGAUCCUUUGCACUCAGCACGAAGCCCACACAUGUGGAGAGAGCGAAGGACGCGACAGCCAGUAUGGGCAGCGCAGUGUUCGCUGGUGUUGCUAUGACCAACCUGCCGGGCAUCCUCGUGCUGGCGUUUGCCAAAGCACAGCUCAUCCAGAUUUUCUUCUUCCGCUUAAAUCUUGUCAUCACACUUUUGGGGAUGGCUCAUGGACUCAUAUUCCUUCCUGUCCUGCUCAGUUAUUUUGGUCCUGGUGUCAAUAAAGCAGUGUUGCUGCAAGAGCAACUGCAGGCGAACGCAAAGGCCAACGAAGAGCUCAGGAUGAAGUCCCAAGCAAAGCAAGUUUAUGAAAAUUUGAGUUUUGAAGAACAUGAGAUAAAAGCGGACUCGCAUGUUGAUGCCAGCAGAUCUUCACAAAUCACAGAAGAGGAAAGGGAAGCAAAAAUCGACAGAUUCUGA